AAUGCCAAAUUCGUAGCCCAAUAUUAAUAUCUACUACCUUUUUCCUGAUGUUGUCUCUCCAUUUCAGAUUAUCUUUUUUCUCUGUGUAAUAAGUCUGAGAACCUGAUUUGGAUAAAGGAAUAGCGAAAUUUCACUUAUCCAUUUUCAAAUCAGGUUGAAUUCAUCGCAAGAUAUCUCAGAUUUUGUUUGUUAAUUUUUAAAAUAAUAGACUUCAAGUUGUUUCAUUUUUAAUCUGGUUUAAUGGAAAUAUGGAGAGAUAAUGUGGGUAGUAUUAGUAUUGGACGAGAUAAUUCUCCUCUGCAUAACGUAGGGGUACAAGAUGUGGAAGCACCAUCGAUUUUGAGGUCAACCCUUUUCUUAGAUCAUGUUGGGGAUGUUGUCCUGACUCUCGAUUCUGAAGGGUUGUCUUGGGAUUUGCUUGAUUCUUUCGAAACUGAUGAAUCAGUUUGUUUGGGAAUUAAAUUUUCACCCAAAAUUGCAAAGGAGACCAAAUUUUUUGAUGUGUAUGGUGUGGAGUUUGUUAAAUAUGGUUUCAUGCAUGGAUCAAAUCCUGCUAAUGUUGGGAAAUAUUUUUUGAGUUGCAAGUUUCGUGACUCUGAGAUGCAUCGCUUUAGAGUGCAUGGUGUUCAAAAGUCUCAUACUCAGCCUUGUCUGUGGGUCCCGACCACAUACACUUUUGGUCACAAGGAUUUGGAAACUUGUCAGUUAUGGGUUAAUCGAAUUAAUGCUUCACUGAAGAUAAAAAAGGAGAGACCAAAGAAUCUUCUGGUUUGUUCUGCAAUAUUAGUUUUCGUUAAUCCAAGGAGUGGGAAAGCAAAUGGCUGGAGGACUUGGGAAUCUGUGGCUCCCAUUUUCUCACGUGCUAAUGUAGAAGUGAAGGUGGUUGUAACUGAGAGGGCGGGACAUGCAUUUGAUGUGAUGGCAUCUCUUGCGAACAAGGAACUCAAUUCUUAUGAUGGUGUCAUAGCUGUUGGCGGUGAUGGUUUCUUCAAUGAAAUCCUCAAUGGGUUUCUUCUUCCUAGGUAUAGAGCUCGUCACCCGCCAUUUCCUUCAGAUUUCAUUCAUUCUGUUGAGGGCAAGGGCAAUGCUUUAGUUCCCAAGUCAAAUGAGACAGUUCCUGAAACUGCUCACAAGAAUGAAGACAAUUCUCCUCUUAUUUCAAGUUCUACAUGUAAUAGAUCUGGAUUAGAAAAUUUCAGAACAGAAGAUGGUGCUAAUCCUACAGAUCAAGAUUUAGAAUUCUCUCGACUCAAAGAACGUUUUCGAUUUGGGAUUAUUCCCGCUGGUUCAACUGAUGCCAUAGUGAUGUGUACAACUGGAACACGAGAUCCUGUAACAUCUGCAUUGCACAUCGUCUUGGGUAAAAGGGUUUACCUUGAUAUAGCUCAAGUUGUGAGAUGGAAAGCAUCAUCUACAGCAAAUAUUGAACCAUGUGUACGCUAUGCAGCUUCCUUUGCUGGGUAUGGAUUUUAUGGAGAUGUUAUUACAGAGAGUGAAAAAUACCGUUGGAUGGGCCCCAAACGUUAUGAUUACGCUGGAACAAAGGUGUUUUUGAGACACAGGUCAUAUGAGGCAGAAGUAGCAUACAUGGAAACUGAAUCAGAAAAAAUAAAUUCAUUUGCUGGGAAAGGUCAUCUAUUUAGCAGAACGAGAGCUGUGUGGGGGCCUGAAAAAUCAGAAAGAGCAGUUUGUCGCAUGAACUGUGGGGUCUGUAAAAGAAGGCCUUCUUACAUGUCUACAAGAAGUCCUCGUGCAACACCCUAUUCACGCUCAGAAGAAACUAGAUGGCGGAGAUGCAGAGGACAUUUUCUUAGUAUUGGUGCUGCUGUAAUAUCUAACAGAAAUGAAAGAGCACCUGAUGGUUUGGUGGCUGACGCCCACCUUUCAGAUGGUUUCCUGCAUCUUCUGUUGAUUAGAGAUUGUCCUCGGGCUUUAUAUUUAUGGCACCUUACCCAGCUUGCAAAAAGAGGCGGAAAACCCCUGAAUUUUGAGUUUGUGGAACAGCACAAGACCCCAGCUUUUACAUUUACUUCUUUUGGCAAUGAGAGCGUCUGGAAUUUGGAUGGCGAGCUCUUUCAUGCACACCAACUCUCAGCGCAAGUGUUUCAAGGGCUUAUUAGCUUAUUUGCUUCUGGUCCUGAAGUUUAGUAGAAGUGCCUAUCAGGUGGAUUUAUUGGUCUGUAAUCAAGUUGUUCAAUGACUUAGUUUUUAUAUCUAUCACGGAUCAGGUUAAUGAUAUCUGGAGAGCUUCCCAAGCGGCCUAUAGUUCCAGAGGUGAUGAAGUUUCAAGUCGAUGUCUGCUAUUUUGGCAAAUGAUCUAAGAUUAGUGGGAUUAGGGAUGAUUUGAUGUUGUAGCUUAUGUAUACAGUGAACCGAAUGAAUCCAUAGAGAGAGGAAGAAGAUGAAAAGCAACAGAUUGCAUGUUCUGUAACCAUAUGCAAAUUUAGAACAGUUGGUUUUAAAUUGAAAUCGGUUUGAUUCAAAACUUUUUUCCUCUUUUAAAAAAAUAAAUUUGUAUUGAUUUA